AUGCGGAGCGUGCUGGAGGGCAUGAUCUCGGUGCCCGAAUCCAUCGACCCCGACGCGCGGCGGCUACCGCCGCCGCUUCCGGGCGUCGCUAUGGAGAGUGUGCGCACGCUGGGCGGCGCGCCUCUUGGCCCGCCGCCCGGGCCAAGCACGGACGCGCGGAUCUUACCCCCCCGCUCUCCAGAAAAGGUCGCCGCGCCGCCCGAGCUGGAGGCGGCGUCCCCGCCCGAGGACGAUGCGGCGACGGACGAAGAGACGGGCAUUAUCCGCUGCAUAUGUUCGUGUGACGACGACGACGGAUUCACGAUCCAAUGCGACAAGUGCUUCGUGUGGCAGCACUGCGCGUGUUUUGGCAUGUCACAGUCCAGUGUCCCGGACGAGUACCUGUGUGAAGAGUGUGAGCCGCGCGAGGUAAAUGUAGAGUAUGCGCGCGCGCACCAGCGGCGGCGCCUCCAGGACGAGGCGCGCAAAGCGUCCGCACGGUCGAUGCGCGACGCGGCGACGACGCUGCACACCGGCGCCGCGAACGCCGCGUGGAAGGCCGCGAUGGGCGAGACGCCGCAGCCGCGCCGCCGCUCCAACGGGCGCACGUCGCCGAUGCGCGAGGAUGAGACGCCGCGCGCCAAGGCGCGGCGGAAACCUGCCAAGACACGCAAGCCGUCGACGAGCCUCCCGGCGCGCAUCCGCGCCGGAGGCGACGACGACGAGUUUGACGACGAGGCGUUUGAGAAGCUCGAGCCGUGGCAGAUCGAGUACACGCCGCUCGCUGCGAAUAUCGUGCACUCGAGCACCGUGCCGAAACUCGCGCGGCACGCGGCCGAAUGGGCGCGCACGCCGCUCGCGACCGCCGCGCAGCCGAACGGCACGCACCUCGCGCCGCUUGCGCCGCUCCGGGGAGACGAGCCGGAGGAGGGCGUGCGGUACGCGCGCCUUGGCCUCGCGCCGCUCGGCAACGAGCACGUCCCGAUCCUCAUGGAGUGUGCUUCGCUGGCCGAGUGCGCCUCACGCACGCACGUCCGCAUGAUCUCGGAGCAGGUGACGAGCAGCUUUUUUACGAAUAUCGCGCACCUGCAGCCCCUCGCGUCCGAGCCGCAAAAGAUCUGGGCGGCGUCCAAGACGUUUUGCCGCCCGGUCAUGCACGGGCUCUUUGCCGAUGCGCCCAUCGCCCCGGGCGCGUUUAUUGCCGAGUACCGUGCAGAAGUGUACGACGCGGAGACGUACCGCGCAGACCCCAUUAAUCAGUACAGCAAGAUUGGCACGGUCAAGCCGCACGUCCACCUCUUGCCCCCGCCGCUCUCGCUGGCGCUGGACGCGCGGCGGUACGGCACCGCGGUGCGCUUUGUGCGCUCGUCGUGCCAUCCGAACGCGGUGCUGCGCCCGGUGCUGCAUGCACCGCCGAGCGAGCCGCCGCGGCUGGUGUUUGGCCUGUUUGCCCUCGCCUCCAUCCCGCGGCACCACGAGGUGACGAUCGGCUGGGAGUGGGACGACGCGCACAUUGUGCACCUCCUCCCCAGCCUCGUGCAGCGCCCGUGGGCCGUCGACGGACGGCGGCACGACCGCCGCGCAGAGCUCGAGGCGUUUGCGCAGCGCGGCGAGUUUCCGUACGCCUCGACGAUCCUCGCGUCCAAGUUUAACGCGGUGGUCUCGGUGCUGCUCGGCGCGACGACGUGCGGGUGCUUUGGGCCGUCGCUUGGCGGCUCGAGCACCAAUGCGUUCCACGCCAAGCGCCAAAACUGUGCCGUGACGCAGAUGCUGCGUGUCGGCCAGGGCAUGGCGCUCUUGCACGCGGCGCCGGUCAAGAGCGGCGCAAAGAGCAAGCCGAUCACGCUCACGCCGCUCGUCGGCGCACGCCGCCAUUGGUACAGCGACGGGGACAUUGACGGACUGCGCGCAAAGCUCGCGGCGACCGACUGCAUCGUACAGCGCGUCGACGAGGACAAGCUCCAUGCGGACGUCGAGAGCGACGCGGAGAGCGUCGACUCGUGCGCAACCGAGCCGUACUCGGACGACCUCGCGUACGAGAGCGAGGCCGAGGACCCAGUCGUCGCCAAGGCGCUCGACACGCUCGACGUGCAGCACGCACAGACGCUCCUCCCGCUCAAGAAGCGCGUCGAGGGGACACGCAUCAAGGCACAGGAGCCGGAGCGGCCCAAGAAGCGCAGCGCGCGGCCGUCGCUCAUGCCAGAGCCGAGCGCAUCGAAGCGGAGCAAGGUGCGUGCGCUCCUCGACCCAAGCUCGCCAGUGUCGUCCGACGACGAAAACGCCUCGCCGUCGAAGCGCAACGGCGAGCGCCGCGAGCUCGCGCCGCUGCGCCGCGACAAGCUCAGUCCCACGCUGCUCGACGAGCGGCCCAAGAUCAAGUCGCCCAAGGCGCCGAGCAAGGCGACGCCGAACGGCAAAUCACCGACGCCGACACGAGUGCCGACGCCGCCGAGCGCCCCGGUCCGUAUGCCGACGCCGCCGAGCGCUCCAGUGCGUGUGCCGACCCCUCCGAGCGCCCCGGCGCGUGUGCCGACGCCGCCAGGGCUCGUGGCGCCCUCGCCUAGCACGCCAGUGCCCAUGGCCGAGGAGCUGACGCUGCCGACCGUGCCCACGCCCCCGACCGAGCCAACGCCGCCUAAAGAGCCGACGCCCCCGCCAAAGGAGCCGACGCCCCCGCCGCCACCGCCCAAGAAAAAGCUGUCGCUCGCCGAGUACAAGCAGCGCCUUGCGUCGCGGCGGCAGUCGGCACAAGAGGUCGACGGCGACUCACACAGCCCUACGAGCGUGCCGAGCCCGGGCGUCUCUCUAGCGUCUCCGCGCACGACACAGGCGAGCGCGCCGUCGCCGGCCGACGCGAGUUCCGCGCCGUCCGCGUCGCCCGUAUCGUUUGCGCCGACGCGCGAGGCGGUCCGCGCCGUGGUUAUUCCCAAGUCGCCGCCAGCGUCGCCGCCCGGUGCGCACGGAGCUGCGUCCGAGCGGGCGUCUGCGCCUGCGUCUGUCGAGCGCGCGGGUGCGACGGUGCCCUCUGAGCGGCUCGUUGCCGUGCCUUCGUACGGCCGCCUUCCCCCGAUCCCUAUGCACAACCGGCCGCCUAUGCACGAAAAGACGCCCGAGCGCCCCCCCGAGCGGUCUGGAGAGCGCCCCCAGGAGCCGGUAGAGCGGCCGCUGUUCGAGCGGCCAGUCGACCGCUCGCUCGAGCCCCCUCCCGACCGCUUCCUGGAUCGCUCGCCUGUUGACCGCUCCGUUGACCGCUCGUCCCUCGGCCGCUCGCCUCUCGACCGCUCGCCCGUCGAGCGGCCGCCCCCCAUCCCGCCCCCCCGACCCGACGCCCAGCACGUUUUCGAAAAUGCCGACGGCCUCGCCCAUGUCGGAAAAGUUUGCCUAUGA